AUGAAGACAGAUGGAGAGCAGCAGCAGAAAAAAGUUAGAUUUCGAGUAUCUUCUGCAACUAGUGGAAGAGUGCUGAAAGAAGUAUACACCGAUGGAGACCUGGUGGACUCCCAAGUGUCAGAAUGUGCCAGCAAUUCUGAGACUGAGCAGUGCAGUAGUUACAGUGAAGUGAAUGGCCAUAAUGAGCAGCAUUUUGCCUUGGAAACUGAUGGCAGUGAAAGUGAAUGUGAUGACAUGUUUCUGUUAGCAAGCGCCACCAAAGACAGAGGGAUCUUUAGAAAGAGAAUUAAUAUCUUGAGUAAAAAUGGUACAGUAAGAGGGGUCAAACACAAAGUCAGUGCUGGGCAAGCACUUUUCAGUAACUUGUCAAAUGGUGCUGUUCAGCCACCACUAACACUAGAAUUUGGAAGAAUAGUAAUCUACACAACUAGCCUUCGUGUUGUGAGGACAACAUUUGACCGCUGUGAGAUAGUGAGGAAAAUUUUCCAAAAUCACAGAGUAAAAUUGGAAGAGAAAAAUAUCGCUCUGAACAGUGAUUAUGGAAAGGAGCUAGAAGAGCGUUGCAAGAGAGCUAAUGAAUCUCCUUCCUUACCUGUGGUGUUCAUCGAUGGUCAUUACCUGGGGGAUGCAGAGAAAAUAUUGUCAAUGAAUGAAUCAGGGGAGCUACAAGAUCUCUUAACAAAGAUUGAGAAAGUUCAGCACCCACAAGAGUGUUCAGCCUGUGGUGGAUUUGCUUUUGUUCCAUGCUCAGUGUGCCAUGGGAGCAAGAUGUCAGUUUUUCGAAACUGCUUUACGGAUUCCUUCAAGUCCCUCAAAUGUACUUCUUGCAAUGAAAAUGGAUUACAGCACUGCAAACUCUGCAAAAUGAACUCUAAAACUACCUUGGGCACAACUGAGAAAUUCACUGCCUGGAAGACAUGUGAGAAGGCCUGUGAACCUAUGAGUUGUUUCCCGGUCAAACAAGGUGGCUCCAUGGCUCUCGUUGAUGGCCCUCUGACCCCGCUGACCUCACACGGUGGGCUGGUAGAAGGGAUUUGUAAGCCCUGUGUGGAGCGGGUGGCUCUUGUUGCUGAGCUGCCGUCCUGUAUUCUGUCUUGGGGGCCUAAAGGAGUGGACCUCAUGAAGAAACAUUUUCAGCUGAAGCUAUCAGUAAUAACGCAGAGAUUUAAGUUUAACUCCAAAGUAAGAGUCCUGGGAGAGUCCAUGGCAACAUACAUAGCGAAGUUGAAGCAGUUGACUGAGCACCGCGACUUUGGAGAUUCACUCAAUGACACGCUAUGGGACCAGUUAGUAUGUGGCAUUCACGACGAAGCUGUUCAUCACUGUUUACUUGCAGAAGUUAAUAUUGAUCUGAAGCGCGCAAUUGAAGUGGCACUAGCCAUGAAGAUGAAUGGGAAGCCUCUAUUCAUGGAGGUAGUCACAGGAGCAUUGACUGCAGUGUUGGAAGAGCACACAUUUAAUUACCUAAAUGAAGGUAUCCAGCAACUGAAUCUGGAGCAAACAACGGGUCAGCUGAAGACGUACUCAGGAGAGUCAAUACAGUCGCUUUUUGCCAAACUUGUCAAUAAUGUUAGCACCUUCACACUUAUUAUUGAAGAAGAACCAUUGUUGCUCAUGGAAUGCGCAAUGAGAAGAAGCUAUUCUAUCCAUCAAAAGAAUUAA